AGCUGUUAUCCGUACUGCAGCGCGCAUGGCUACUGCCGCGACCCGGGGAACCGUCUGACCCCAUAGCCGAAGCCAAGUUCAGUCUGAAUUGCACCAUCGGCGACGACGGAUCCAACUACAGCGCCGGCGAGAAGCAGCUGCUGGCUCUCUGUCGAGGGUUGGUGAAAGACAGCCCUGUUCUCCUUUUGGACGAGGCGACGAGCAAUGUCGACGUCGAGACGGAUGGAAAGCUUCAGCGGACGAUCCGGACAGAGUUUGCAAGUUCUACGUUGCUUUGUAUCGCACAUCGGCUCAAUACGAUUGCCUACUACGACCGCAUUUUGGUGGCGGACCAGUGGCCGAGUACGACACAGUCUUGUUUAGAACGUGUUUGACGAGGAGGACUCGAUCUUCCACUCGCUCUACAACGAGGCGAAUCUUUCGAGGGCUGAUAUCUUGCGUAUCUACUAUCCGGGCUGAUGACGUACAAAAGAAAGGCUUACGACAUACCACGCUUCACUCACGGGUUGGAUAUCCUACAUAGAGUUGAUAUCUGUACUAAUGGGCCGGGAUGCACGACUGACUAUUGUUACUUGGACCGCAUGCGAGUCAGCACACCUCCAGAAGCAGCAUUGACUUCAACGGUCGAAGUUACGAGCAAUCUGGUGUCAAUGAUGACUUUCAGAGAAGAACAGCACCCAAAACCGGGUCUGGCCUGGAU